GCCUCGGACUCUUUGAAAGAUCUGUAGCACAGUACGAGGAAGAGAUCGAUCCGUCAUCUCAGACUGCUGGAUAUCACCUGGAAGUCACACAGAAUAGAUCAGCUGGUUCUCACUGACCAGCAGCUCAGGAAUCAGGAGAGGAACUGUAGUCUGGACCAGGAGGAACCAGAACCUUCCCAAAUGAAGGAGGAACCAGAACCUCCAGAAAUUAAAGAGGACCCAGAGGAAACUGAACUUUCAAUGAUGAAAGAGGAAUAUGAGGAACCAGAACCCCCACAGAUUAAAGAGGAACAGGAGGAACCAGAGCCUCCACACAUUAAAGAGGAACAAGAUGAAUCAGAAACUCCACAGAUUAAAGAGGAACCAGAACCUGCACAGAUUAAAGAGGAACAGAAGGAACCAGGACCUCAAAAAAUGGAAGAGGAACAGGAGGAGCCAGAAUCUCCACAGAUUAAAGGGGAACCAGAACUUCCACAGGUUAAAGAGGAAGAGGAGGAACUCUGCAGCACUCAGUGGGAAGAACAUCUUGUACUGAAGCAGGAGACUGAUUCCUUCAUGGAGACUCCUACUGAUGAGGAAAGUGAACCAGAACCAAACAGAGAUGCAGAACUGAAUCUAAAGAAGAGACGUCACGGAGACACAAGUCACAGUAAUAUUGUUGACAACUCUCCCAUGUCAGGGAGUCGGUGUGAUACUGACACAGGUAAAAAGUCUUUGACAUGUGACGUCUGUGGAAAAACCUUUAAAAGCAAGUUUCUAGUGAAUAGACAUUACAGAACUCACACAGGGGAGAAACCGUACUUUUGCGAAUUCUGCGGUAAAACCUUCAAUCAAAGUAGCAAUUUAACAAUCCACAUAAGAACUCACACGGGGGAGAAGCCAUACCUCUGUAACGUGUGUGGGAAACGAUUUAGUGCCUUCUCAUCACUGACAAAGCACACAGCAGUCCACACAGGUGAGAAACUGUACUGUUGCACAACAUGUGGGAAGCAAUUCAAUCUGAGCGAGAACCUGACUUCUCACAUGAGGACUCACACGGACGUGAGGCCGUAUGCUUGUAAAUCUUGUGGGAAAAGAUUUCAAGACUUAUUAACACUUAAUAGGCAUACUGCUAUUCACACAACUGAGAAGCCUCACACCUGUAGCACUUGCGGGAAAAGAUUCCUUUGUUUAUCAAUGUUAAAACGUCACAUGAUAACUCACACCGGCGAGAAGCCGUAUUCUUGCAAAAUAUGUGGCAAAGGUUUUGGUCAAAGUAUUAAUUUUAUUUCACAUAUGCGGAUCCACACAGGCGAGAAGCCAUAUUGCUGUGAAACGUGUGGAAAACGAUUCAGUCGGAGUAAUAAUUUAACUCCGCACAUGAGGACGCACACCGGCGAGAAGCCAUUUACUUGUGAAACAUGUGGUAAAACUUUCACUCAACUAAAUCAUCUGACCCGGCACCUGAGGACUCACAAAAGUGAGACGUCCACGUCCUGAAAAAUCCGUGGGAAAAAAAAUACUCUUGGAGACUGAGCUUGGAAAGAAAUGUCAGAACAGCUCAGGUUGUUAAACAGAUGGAAGGAGACAUCUCCUUCUGCCUUGGAUGACCAUCUAACUGACUCUUGAGUUUACAGCAGGAUUUGGAGAGGACCACUUUAAGACCACUUUAGUUUGUGAAGCUAAAAGUUGUACAGGAGCCGCAGGACAAGGACAAGGAGAAGGGAACUGAAAGAACUUGGCUAACAAAACAACUCUUCCAGAGACUGUAGUUAUCAUGUAUAAAAACUGGCAAUGUAUCAGUGACUUUACUGCUUGUCAAACUGUGUAAGGUUGGUUUCUGGAAUCUGGUUUUGACCAGUGUCGGGCUGCACAUUCAAUUUGAAGUGGGCUUCAAAUGGGUUGCCCUGCGUGCAGUACUCUGGAUGAUUUAUGAAAUACUCUUUGGUGUAUUGUUGGAUGUCCGUGGCACAAACCAGGAAGAGUUACUCACAGAUUUAUUUCAUGAGUCGAUUUUAUAGUUGUUUCAAAGACACAAGGAUGCCACAACUGUAAACACAAGAGAAACCGUAUUCUUGCAAAGAAAAAAAACAAAAAAAAAAACAUCCGCUUUUGUAAUCAUGCAGAGAAAAGGAGACAGAGAGUGAGACGUGUCCUGAUUUUAUGCAGGAAAUAUGAAGAAGAGACGUGGUUGGAGUUCUCAGAGAAGAGGAUGGGGGUUGACAUAAAUCAUGUUUAUAUGUUUGUGUUAAUAUUUUCUUGUUAAACUGGAUGUUUCAUUGUUACACCUGCGUCCGCUGCCACUAAUGCCCCUGUUUGUAUUCUCAUGCCUGUCUCUAAGCAUCCAUGAACAAUAUGUGGAUAUUAUUUUGAUUAUUUUAAUCCCGUCCUGCAGGUUGACAGAAGGCAUUUGAAAUGUGGCAUUGAAUGUGUGCAACUUUAGUACUGGAUUUUCUGUAGUUUGAAACGAACAGUGUUUAUAUUAAUUUAAUAACUGUCCAAAUAAACAUAAAUAAGUCAU